AUGGCGGUCGGAGAUAAGUGGGACCAAUUUGAAGACGUAUUGGAUUCGGUUGCCGCGAGGAAAUGGAAUAAUUUGAUUCGAGGUAUUGCGGCCCCAGCUCGCAACAACGCGCGAUUCACGACCGAGAUCAACAACUAUGUUCAGCUGUACGCAGAACAUGAAUGUCCAAGAGACGUACUCAUCAAGUACAUUAAGAGCGAUGAGUGCCAAAAGCCCAGGAAGGUUGAUCCGGGAGUACAUGCGUCACGGAUCGAGACCUUGUGUCGGUUCGCGAAUCGUCUCCAAGGAGAUGAGGCCGAAUUGACUGAAGCCCAGAUCAAAAUACGCGUGUUCGAGUCUUUUCCGACGAUCUGGCAGAACCAUUACCGACGUAGCACUCGUCGUUUGACAGAAGAUACGAUUCAACAGAUCGUCCAGUACAUGAACCUUUGCAAGGGUAUUGCCGAUGAAGAAGAAGCGACAAGAGGAAAGAAACGAAAAGCUGCGGAUGGUACGGAACGUAUCCGCGGUGGAUCGAAUUCCAAUAAGAAUAACAACAAGAAAACAGAUAAGAAACAAAAGACACUCGACCAUGAGACGUGUCCCGUUCAUGGAGGUCACACGUGGGGACGUUGCUCAUUGAAUCCUCGCAGCGAGAAUUACGGUCGAUAUCAGAGUGGUGGUCGCGGAGGACGUUUUCAAGGCCGUGGUGGUGGACGUGGUUCUUUUGGUGGACGCGGCUUUUGUCGUGGCGAUGGAGGCCGAGGCUUCAUUGGAGGACGUCACUAUGGAGGUCGAGGUGGUAAUCAUGGCCGUGGUUACGGACCAGGACGAGGCUCGUAUGACUCGUCUCAACACUACGAUACGAACUAUUACUAUGAUAGACGUGACGGACAGCAUGGGACUCACAACGACUGGACGCAGUCUGAGUCUCACCAUUAUCAUGGACCACCACCUACGAACAGGUCUGGUAGCUGGCAGUCCGGACGCGGUCCUAAUCAAGGACCUCCGUCGCGCUCUGAUCGUUGGUGA